GCGGCCGCGGAAGGCCCCACGCUGGCAGCAGACCAAGAAGAGAGCAGACUGACGAGCCGGCGCCGGAGCGGCUCGAGCGGCUCGCAGCAGCGGUGGUGCGCGCUUCAAGACAGCGGCAACGACGGUGGCACUGAGUCUGAAAACACGGACUGACGCAGCGGGGUGCGCUUUGAGAAGACGACAACCGCGGUGCUGCACGGUUUGGGGGCGCGGCAGCAACAGCGCGGUGCACGCUGUGAUGUUGGUAAUGUGCAAGCUGCCGAAUGCUGCUGAUCUCUCGCCGGCAGGGUGACACCAUGUGAGGGCCGUCCCGGCACCCGUCGGCGUCGCUCCGGCACCAUGUCGCUGACUGAGGAGUCGCAGAGCGCCGAGCGGUCCGAGCGGCGCUCCAUCUCGUCCCUGUUCAGCUCGCGGCGCGUCUCGUCCGGCAAGCUGCCGCCGACGCUCAUCGUCAACGACGAGCUGCAGCUGGAGCAGACGGACGGCCGGAGCCUGCACUCGCUCGGCUGCACGGCCAGCCGUAACGGCAGCGUGCUGGGCAGCCCGACGCUGCCGGCGCGGCACUCGGCCGCGCGCCGCGGCCGGCACGGCGUCAGCAGAGAUAAUAGCAAAGAUCAAGCAAACCAGAGCUGGUUGAAACGGAUAAGAAGCGCGAUAUUUUCGAGAGCCACGAGAAAGCUGCUGUGCGGGGUGGUCAUCGUGGCGUGCAUCACAGUGGCCUGGGUGGGCGCCACCCACUUCAUCAAGAUGACCUACUACGACAGCCAGGUGCCGCAGCUGCCCAACAGCACCAACGACAUCUUCCGGGUCCUCCACCGGGGUGGACACUACGACGCGCCGUUUUUCACCACCUGGUUCUGCACCGCCUGGACCUCCCUCUUCUUCCCCAUCUUCUCUGUGCUGCAGUGCAUGGACUGUCGUCGAAAGGAAGAGACAGCCUCCAGUGAGGUGGUCAAUGCCAUCCGCUAUUUUAGAGACAGAGGCUAUACGCUGGGCCAGUUUGUGCUGCGCACCUUCCUGUUUUGUCUACUGUGGGUCGUCACCAACUACUUGCACGCCCAGGCGCUGCGCGUGCUCACGUGCACGGACGUCAUAGCGCUGUACUCGACCAGCGUCGGGUUCGUGUAUCUGCUCUCCUGGGUGGUGCUGCACGAGCAGUUUGUCGGCGUCCGGAUCGUAGCUGUCAUCAUGUGCAACACGGGCGUGGCGCUGCUGGCCUACAUGGACGGCGUGGCCAAGACGCCGACGCUGGGCAGCGUGGUGAUGGCAGCCACUGGAGCCGCCGGGUCAGCCGCUUACAAGGUGCUGUUCCGGAAGGUGAUGACCGACUGCGGGCCGGGUCCAGUCAGCGUGUUCCUCAGCCUGAUCGCGCUCAUCAGCACGCUGCUGCUCUGGCCCGUCUGCCUCGGGCUGUCGCUGGGCCACGUCGAGCUCGUCUCCUGGGUCGAGCUGCCCUGGCUGGAGCUCUCUGGAGCAGCCGGGCUCACACUAGUGUGCAACUUGCUCAGCAACUUCGGUGGACUCAUCACCUACGACUUCUUCGUCACCCUGGGCCUGAUCUUGGCGGUGCCUCUCAGUGCUGCCGUCGACAUGAAGUGGUACAACGCCGAGUUCGAGGACAUGAGACUGGCGGGGAUCGUGCUGAUUGUCUGCGGAUUCUUCCUGGUCUUGUUCCCAAGCAACUGGCCGAACUAUAUCCGCACACUUAUAAGGUGGGGGCGUCGCCACCACAGCGGAAGCACGCACAGUCCUCCGGAGCCGGUGGACUACCGCACCGGCAUCAUCUCCCGCUCCCACCUGAGGUCACCCUCCGGUCACGUGCGGUAGACCUGCCUGGCGGUGCGGACCGGCCUGACCGGGCUCCGACCUGAGCUUUACCAGCGUGGAGCCGCGUCUAACGGGCCGAAGUGUCGGCGGUCGUGGACGUAGCGGACGGACUAGAGCAGUCGUCAGAUUUGGCUGGCAACUUGGGGCCGCUGAUGGACGUGGCUGACAGACUCAAGCCGUCGUCAGACUUGGCUGGCAACUUGGGGCCGCUGAUGAACGUGGCUGACAGACUCAAGCCGUCGUCAGACUUGGCUGGCAGCCUGACACCGCCGGCGGAACAGUCUGGAGCCAUGGCUAGACGUGGCGGACAGUCGUCGCUCGCCGGGGGACGUGACUGAUGGCCAGGAGCUGCCCAGUCUGGAGCCAUGGCUAGACGUGGCGGACAGGCGUCGCUCGCCGGGGGACACGACUGAUGGCCAGGAGCUGCCCAGUCUGGAGCCAUGGCUCGACGUGGCGGACAGUCGUCGCUCGCCGGGGGACACGACUGAUGGCCAGGAGCUGCCGGUUCACCUCCGGUCAGGGGAGACAGCAAAGGGAGCACACAGGCCGCGUAAUUGGUCUGGGCCCUGGCUGCGUGGCUACCGACAUAGGAACUCCCAGCGCGUGCCGAGCUGCCCGAGCGGACCGCAGCACCAGCACCAUCUCGAAGAUCCGGUUUGGUCUCGCGUUGUUCGUCCUUCACACUGCGUGCGUGUGUUCUAAGUCACGGAGGUUCCCGGCGGGCGGCAGGGUGACGUCAUGGUGGGAUUGUUUUGCACGCCGACCGACGUGGACGCGCGGCGACACAUGCACAAGGCUGUGCACAAACCACGCCAUGCAGGUAUAUCGAAGCAUCAGGCGUUAGACAGAACCACCGACUGUUUUUUAUGCUCUCUACAUGUGCCAGUUAUAUACAGCUGCGUCUACAAUAAAGCUGGUUGUACAUACAUAUCACAUCCUCCCAUUCAUUGCUGUAACAAGUCGGUGACGUGUUGUUCGUCGUUCCCUUCCGCUGCGUUGGAAACACGGCGCGCGGUGGCUGGUGAGAGAGGCAGCCACUGCGCAGGAAAAGUGGCGGUGUGUAGGCCAGGCGGCCAAGUGCAGCCCGCGGCAGACGACGGGAGGCGAUGAGGGGGUGUGGUCAUGCCGUGAUGCCUGCCGCACAUCAGCUGCCGCGGCCGGAUGCGAAGUUCUGAUUAUAUGACUAGAUGGUGCUACUGUUACUCAACCAGUCGAUGUUACCUCCCGUUCGCUGGUCCGCCGCGUAAAGAAUGAUAAUUCAGAUCGCUGUAAUUUGGAGACAGGGUGUCGCCCGGAAUGAUGUGCGCGCGUCUGAGCAAACCAAGAGGCUGACACUUCUCAUCGUGUUAUCCUCAGCUCUCAGCACAAAACUGUAUUGGUAUGUCCGAGAUUCGUUCACUGCAGUGGAGCAGCAACAGUGAUUGAUUGGUGACAUGUUUGUCGUGCAAUAUACCUACAAUGUA